AUGGUGACCUUCUUGAAGAAGCGUCAUUUAUCAGAACUGGUCUCGGCAGAGAAUGGUAAGCUAGCCGUGGAGGCAGUCGAGCGGAUGCCGAAUGGCUUUGACGUCAUUUUCAUGGAUAUAUCGAUGCCCGUGAUGAACGGGUUAGAAGCAACCCGUGCCAUCCGCGCACUAGAGCGAGAGAGCGAUGGCCGCCAGCCGGCUAUUAUUAUUGCUCUGACGGGGCUGAGCAGCUCGCGGGAUGAGUCGGAGGCUUUGGCUUCUGGGGUGGACUUCUUCCUGACCAAACCAGUAUCUUUCCGGGAGGUUUCACGCCUUCUCGAUAAAUGGGGAAGGGAUGGUCUGAAAAAGGAACGGAAGAGUGAAACAUGA